CAUUUAUAGCUAAAUUCACGUCAUUUAGUGGCGUUACCUGCGCUUGGUUUACGUUUAAUCUAUUGUGUUGUUGAAAGCCACAUUUUUCUCUAAUUUUUCUCAAAAGUAGGUGCUUUUUUCGAUAAUAAUCAAACUCAAUCAUGAAGCGGGAAGACGAUUGCUCCAAUAAUUCCUCCGAUAACAAACCGGAACCGGAACAUUUCCGAAAACUAUUUAUCGGCGGCUUAGAUUACCGUACAACCGACGAUUCACUAAAAAAACACUUCGAGAAAUGGGGCGAAAUCGUCGACGUGGUCGUUAUGAAGGAUCCAAAAACGAAGCGAUCCCGAGGUUUUGGAUUUAUAACUUAUUCGAGGGCCCAUAUGGUUGAUGACGCUCAAAAUUCGCGCCCCCAUCGCGUCGAUGGCCGCGUCGUUGAGCCGAAAAGAGCGGUCCCACGACAAGAUAUUGGCAGACCAGAAGCGGGGGCUACGGUUAAGAAGCUUUUUGUUGGAGGAUUAAAAGAGGACGUGGAGGAGGACGAUUUAAGGGAACAUUUUAAGAAAUUUGGAACUAUUUUGACGUGUACUGUUGUUACUGAUAAAGAAACAGGGAAGAAACGAGGAUUUGGAUUUAUCGAAUUUGAAGAUUAUGAUUCGGUCGAUAAAAUCUGUUUGCAACGUUCGCAUCAAAUAAAAGGAAAACACAUCGACGUUAAAAAAGCUUUGAGUAAAGCGGAAAUGGAACGAAAUCAAGGAGGUGGUGGCGGAGGUGGAGGUGGGGGUCAAGGAGGAAAUAUGGGUGGACCUGGACCGAGGGGUCCUCGUGGUCCUCGUAGUAAUUAUAAUAACGGCGGAGGCGGUGGAGGUGGAAAUUGGAGUAAUCGCGGAGGUGGCGAUUGGAAUAUGCAAGGACAAGGUUAUAGCGGAAAUAAUUGGAAUGGAAAUCCGUGGGAUAAUCAAGGUGGUGGACAAGGCGGAGGUAGCGGAGGAGGAGGAUGGGGUGGAAAUCAAGGUGGUGGUGGAGGAGGAGGAGGAGGAAAUGGUUUUGGGGGUAAUCAAGGUGGUGGAGGAGGAAAUUGGGGUGGAAAUGGGGGAGGUCCCAACGAUAAUUUCGGAGGUGGAUAUCAACAGAAUUACGGAGGGGGUGCUAUGAGAAAUAAUUUCCAACAAAAUCGACCUGCUCCUUACGGUAACGGCGGUGGUUACGGCGGUGGAGGUGGAGGUGGAGGCGGUGGUUACAACCAAAAUGGGGGUCAAAUGGGUGGUGGUGGUGGUGGUAACCGUCGGUUUUAAUAACUCGAAAUUUUUGAGAUUGAGACAAAAAGUAAGUGAAUUUGGACAAUUAAAAAGACAUUGACGCAAAAUGUUUUUAUUUAAAAAAAAAAAAGGAAGUUAAAAAUUUAUCUCGCCCGUUUUUAUUGGGAGAGAUCGAAAUUUAAUUAAUUAAUUUAUUAAUGAUAUAAAAAAAAUGUGUUAGUGUUGAAAUGAAAUGAAUUGAAGUCGUUUAAUUUAGUUAUCAAAUUAAUUAAUUAACGAUAAACAAUAAAAUUAGGGUUUAAGAUUUUUUUUUUUUUGAUUUUCAACUAAUUUUUUUUGUUCAAUUCAUCUUUAGAUAUGUGUGUGAUUAGUGUAGGUGAUCCAUUUUUUUCUUUUCUGUUAAAACAAACUCGAUAUGUGUUUAGUUACGGUGCAAUUUAAGUUUUUUAAAUUUAAAUUUCAAUAAAUAAAAAAUAUUCGAAAAGUUUCUUUGAUCUAAACUAAACGUAGGAUUAGUGUGUAGAGAGAUUAUGGAUUUUUUUUAAUGUACGAACGUUAGAUGUAAUAAAAUUAUACGAUUUAU